AUGGACGAGCUUCUCCACCACUGUCUACGAGAGCUUUCUUUCGAUGGCGACCUCGGUUGCGAUGCGUCAAGAUUGAAAGACUUUAUCAUCGGAUUCUACUCCCACUCGGACAACCCCACUAUUCAGAAUGCCGACGAUGCCUUCUGUUCCUUCGUUUGGUCCUUGGUAGUCCAACAUCCUACCGUCGUUGUCGGUCUCAUUCCGGAGGGUGUGACUUCUGAAGUCUGGGUCGCACCGCAAACGAGUGCCAAACGGAAGGCGAAGGCGUCUGGUCAAGAACAUGUUGAAACUACUCCUGCACGACUGGAACCUAUCCCAAAUGCACGGACGGCGCCUCUGGAAGAAUUGAAGAACUUGUACGGAGAUAGGCUUAGGGUAGCUUUGGAUCCAGAUGCUAUCUUUGCAGGGAUUACAGGGUCACACAUACGAACGCCCAAGUUGAGCGCCAUGGUGUACACCGCCUUGCAAAUCAUCACUCGAGGCCGCGACGAAGGUGUAACGGUUGUGGAGUUGGGCCAAAAGACCAAGUACGACCAAAAGACGUGUUUCUACCUCGUCCGUCAAUUGACGGAAAUGGACCUCGUAGUCAAGGUUCGACGUGGUGGAGUCGGAACACACUUCUGCAUCCAUAAGCAUUUCUACGACAGAAGCCCGUCAUGGAAAGCAAUCAGAGAGGAAGAGAACAGAGCCAAAGAAGCAGAGAACAUCAAAGAGUCAUUCCCCGACAUUGAAGAGGACGAAGAGAUGAGCGUGGCCCCAAGCCUCGACUUCACGCCCAUCGACAGUCGACACCUGUCGAGUUUACCAUUAGUCAAGGCCCGAGUUGUCAAGUUACUCAAGGCGUCAAAGAAUCAAAUACACGCAUCUAAUAACAUGCUCCUUACACUGGGCUUUUCCAAUCCAAGCAAGACUGACCGCCGUUUCUUCCAAAGCCGCAUUCGGGAGCUGAUCCAACAAGGGGUCAUCGAGAAGAUCCUUGUGCCAAGCAGCCGGAAGAAGGCGAACGGAACCUCAGUAAAAUGUUUCCGCCUGGUCAGUGAAGGAGCGAGCAACGAAAUCGAGGGAGCCAUUGUCGUUGGGGCGGACGAGAAGGAAGACGAACUCGCUGAUGAGGAGGCGGGUGUCAAGUUCAACGUCACCAUUCACAAGCAAAUCAUCGAUCUUUUGGAAGAGGCGGGGCCUACUGGCAUGACUUUGAAUGAUUUGUCCCGCGCCCUAAACAACUUUGACAAGCGGACCAUUGAGUUGCUUCUCACCCGAGCAGAACGAUCGCAACCACCCAAACAUCUUGCUGACCUUGGCAUAGCAGCGCUGAUGGAGACCAAUGGACGGGAGCGACGACACCGAUACUUUACCGUCUCAGCAUACCAGAAACUAGUCGCUACGGAGCAGUUUGACAAAUCUGCAGCUGGCUAUCACAACGUUGAUAUAUCUCAACAAGGCGAAUUUCUGGACGCAUCCGCUGAAGCAUUUUACGACGAUCCCUCCGAAUUGCACCGCUUCCAAGAUACUUUCACUCGGCCAGCGAAGACUGGGAAGGCUGCUAAGCGCCAAUACAAAAACCCGAUUCUCCCAGACGGGACAGUCAAACAGGGUCGGCCUCGAAAGAAACCUCUGGAAGACUCCAAGCCGGCUCCCAAGGCUAAAGGGAAGAGGCGCAAGAAGAGCCCUUCACCGACGAAUGAUCUCGAGGACGCUGUAGACCAGAAUCUGGUUGACGAUGAUUCCAAACGUCCCAGGAAACGUACUCGAAUGCAAGAUGUUGAUGCGGUUUCAACUGAUGUCGGAAGUACAGCCCUUGGGAAAUCCCCAGUCCCUGUCUCAACAGCGAGAAAUGAGGAACCCUUUGAAUCAGCGCCAGCCCCACGAAAGCGUGGGCGCCCUCCCAAAAGAAAGGCAGAAAACGUAGAUAACCCAAUCUCCGCAAAGCGUACUCGUGGCGUCCAAGGACCGAUGGUAGAGGGCCCCACAUCAGAAAUAUCAGAACACCCUGAACACACCGCGAUUCCUGUAACCGAUGACCUUGCGACCCAACAUAAUGGCGCUCACCCUGUUCCUGAGACCUCUCCUUCCCCUCCAAGGGAGUCGACAAAUCCUCCGCCUGUGGAGCUCACCAUCAUCGAACCAGCUCCUGCUGCCGAACCACCCGCUAUUGAACCUUCCUCUGCCGCGAUAUCGCAAGCUUCGCCGCUCCCUCCAUCGAACUCUUCGCCCACCGUCCAGUCUCAAUUUAACACUCCUGGAUCUAGCCGGGGGCGAGUCAAUGUGUCCCACCUUCGCCGCGAAAACGAAAUCUUGCGGGUGAUUGAGGAAGCUGGUGGUAUUGUCAACAUUCAAACGAAGGAAUUCUACGAAGCUCAUAUGGCUUUGUUGGAGACACUGGCGAAAGGUGGCGAGCCUACCAGCGCCCCUGUUGGAACGAGGACGGACAAGAGAACCGCCACGUUGACCAUCGACUCGCUGGAACGGAAGGGUAAAGUGAAGCAACUCAAAACGUCCAUUGCCACGCAUACUGGUUUGAAUAAACCUGCCACUGUGGUUUACCUACCUGACGUGAGCAGAGAGCAGUUGAAUUCCUUUCUUGCCGAUAUCGCCCGCACUUCGCAGCCCGCAAUAACCCCUUCUACUUCAGCGGUCAAGAUUGCAGAGCCUCUGGAAUAUGGUGCUGAUCCCAGCUCGUCAUCACGAGGCAUACUCCCCCUCCAAUUGCUUCAAAUGGAACAACCUGCGGAGAACAAGAAGGAAAGAUGGAGCAAGAAUGUGGCCCGAGCAACCCAACUAUUCAAACACGACGAUGCUACCAUUCGUGACAUACUCUUGUCAGAGAGGACGACAGUUGGCCAACUGUAUGGAUUCAUCGUGGGAAAAGCAGCCAGGGCCAAAGAGUUCCAUUUAUUGACAAUGCAACUCUUCGAGUCGAAUUCUCAAUCAGUACACAUACUUCCUGAAGUUCGUAUUCUCGACGUCAACUAUUUCUGCCAAGAUGCCCCCGUCGGGCAAUAUACGAAAUUCGUCUCUGCUCUCGCCCACAAUGACCAGCUCACCAGCUUCUUCCAACAACCGGGAGGACAAGAGACCUUGGUGAAGGAUUUACCGCAAGACCUCCACGCGAUGCUUCAAGUCGGUCGAUCUCGUUCGCGGUCGCGAAUCCUCGAUACACUCCAGUUUCUCCGACAACUGCAAUUGGUCGUUCCGAUGAAGCCUUCAACGGGGGAGAAUCCUUUCGUCACCUGUGCAGCUCGCGGCGAGCAUCCGAGCGCUUUUGAGUUUUACACCGACGACGAUUGGACCCCAAGCACGCCACAUGCUGCCCCGACAUACUGGUACUUUAAUACGCAAGCCCCUAUUCACUUAUGGCACACCUCGGAGUUGAAUCCCCCACUUUGGAAAGUUGUUCCGACCUCCGAUGUUGCGACCGCUCGCUUGUUCUGGGACGAGCUACAAUCCGCAUCUAGUGACGCCCUCCGCCUUGAUUCCCUCGCCGGUGGUGCUGCUUCCGAGACUCCGUCGACCAGCGUAAGCAUCGGGCGUUCGCUGCGCAGAGCGGUCUCCUGGAACGCUGGAUAUGUGCUCACUUGGCACCAGAUGAAAUUCUUGGAAAAAUCGGUAGACAUCGCAACAGGUUCUACUAUCCUGGACGACGCCGACCGAAAUGCACAAUUGCAACGGCUGAGCUGGGUGACCAGUGCCCCUCUCGAGGUUAUCGAACAACAUCUGAAGUCCGCUUCAAGCAAGCUGCAGGGCCAGAAGGAGAAGAUUCGGUCGAAGAACAAAGAGCUGAAGCGCCUGAAGCGACUUGCCGAGGGCCGUUCUUCCAUUGUCAAGAAAGCGGAAGAGGCCAAAGCCCAUAGGGAGCAAGAGUGGAAUGCUCUCAUUGAGCGUUUACACCCAGGCGAUAUUCCACCUGCCGCUGCAAUGCGUGUUGACCGAGUUCGAACUCGGUUCAUGCAGACAGGUACCCGCGAUUUCCAAAAAUGGGAAAGAGAGGUUUUGGACGCCCUUCGGGAAGCAGAACUUGCGACAAGCAAGAUACUCAAAGUUCCAACCAAACGGGUGGUUCCUGUUAGACCCGCUGUUCCCAGCUCUUCGUUGAUGGGUAUUCAAGCCCUACCUCCGACAUCCGCUGUAUCAGCCAGCAUCCAGUUACUUAUCCAGCAGCAACAACCUUUGUUGGACCAAGGGCUCUACAAGAGGAAAUCCAAGUCGAAGAAGAAGGCCGAAGAAGUUUCAGAUGAGGGGUCGCCAGAGGGCGAGAAGAAAGGGCUUCGAAGGCAACGGUUCCAGUGGAACAAAGACUUUGACGAACUCGCUCAGGAUGCGUCAGUCAUCAUCCGAGCACGAUGUCGAAGUCAAUCACGAUUGGAUUGGACGGCACUUGAACAAGUUUUCCCUGCGGUUCCAAGGAAUACGGUCAGACAACGUCUGUCCAACCUUAGGGAGAUUCCUGGGAACGACUCCUACUUGCGACGUUUGGAAGAUCGGUGGUAUGAACUUUGGGUGAAACAUCGUGGGACUGACGAACUCCCCGACGAGCACCCAGACAGUCCAAGCAAUUUCGAGUUGAUACAUCAUAUCGAAUUCCUGAGAAACCAUGUUGACAAGAAUGCUUUGAGAAUCGGUUUUGGACAAGAGAAGAGUUCGCUCACAACAAUCAUUCCCAACAGCGUUGAUCAGCUAUUUGGUUAUUAUCAUGUGUUGGAAGACAUCCCCGGGACCACUACGUUUGAUUUCGUUUGGAAUGCAGCAGUCGAGGAAGGAAGAGAGAAGCGGCUUCUGAAUUUACCUUUCACCCGGGAUCUCGACUCUCUUCCGCACCAAACCACUCAAGAUCCCGACCAUAUACUGCUUGGAGAAGCAGCUCUCAAGAUGGUGAUGGGCUCGCCGCCCGAAACGUAUGAUUGCGACGUUGCCUCAACGCUUUUACGAAGCGUAGGGGACGACAUCGUAUCAACAGCAACGCAAAAUCUUCUUGGGAGGGGCGUCUUGUCGAAGUCGCAGCGUGAUCCAAUGAAACAAAAGCCUGGCCGACAACUCAAAAUAUCUGAUAGUAAUCAAAAUGCGAUAGGUGGCAGCAUUCCCAGAGACACUUAUCAAGACGCAACAUCUUUGCUGGAAUCUGUGCACACCAUCGGUGACUGGCGAGAGUGGCCUCUUACGGCGACGGACGGCGACGCGAUUACCUUGAUCCAUCUUGUCGCUGAAAAUCAGGUCCAGUUCAAAAUUGAUACGACUCAUGCUCAAGCUGCGCGGGAGGGGCUGGAUUGGAACAGCAAGAGAGCUGAUGAUGACCAAAUUGAAACGUCGAUCUUGACAAAAUACACGGUCGCCCUCCCAGAGUUGGUUUCGUCUCCCGAGCAACCGCUGAACGAACUUGAUAUUGACGAGAACGCGGCAAUGGACCUAUCCCACUCGGCCGCACCCCAUGGAACCAACGGAGAAGGGUCGCCCGCUUGCUGCCGCAGAUCCAGUGAACGUGGUGUUGUCGACUGCCAUCAAUGCUUGAGGGACUCCAGGCAUAUGGUUGAGGAGCAACUCAACGAUGAGCAGAAACUAGGGCUCUCCCGAUUGCUUAUGUACGUAAGGGAUGCAGGGAAAGAAGGACGCUCCAAGGACAGCCUCAAGAUACCGGGCUUGGAUGAUGUCGAAGCUUCCGUAUUAUUGCAAAAGGCAACUGACUGCGAGGUGCCUCUACUUUAUUGGGUUGGCUAUACGGCGUUGAGAAUUGUCGCGGCCGAAUUCAUCUCAGGGUGGACGGUAGUGACCUCUGAACAGCCUCGGGAGCUGACAUUCCCGCGACGAUGGUUGAGUAUCCACGGUGUCAAGAUACCGGACUUUUGGCAAGCAGCGUUGCGAGCAGUAAAUAUUCAGCUCCGUGCUGGACUGUCGUUCUUGGACUGA